UUGAUUGAGUCUUUUUAUAAUUUUGUUCACCUAACUAAUUACAUUACCUGUGCAAAAAUUUCAACGUUUUACUAUUAGUGGAAAAUGUAGCUCAACGCGAGUUUAAAAUUUCAUGAAUUUUUCUCUGGUGCUAAGAGUCCUCUCUUGUGGAAAACAAAUAAAAACCCAAGAGUUUAGUGUUUUGUUGAACGAAACAAGAGAGUUAUACCUUAGAAAUUAUGGUUGGUAUAACAUGCCAAGUUCAGUGCAUAAAGUUUUAGUACAUGGAUGUGAUGUAAUUAAAUACUUUGAUUUACCAAUAGGUUCAUUAUCAGAAGAAGCCUUAGAAUGUUCACACAAAAACAUAAGAAAAUAUCGGCUUAAUCAUUCUCGAAAAACUGGAAGAGUACAAAGCAAUACGGAUUUAAUGACUCGUUUGAUAUUAUCGUCAGAUCCAUUAGUUGCAUUUAAAAGAAAUAUAAAACAGAGAAACAAAUAUUUAAAGGGUUCUGAUCUCAGCUUUAAUAAAUACAUUGUUGAAAGUGACGAAGCAGACAAAAGCAUGGAAUCAUUUGAAUCAGUGAUCACUUCCUCCUCUUCUGAGGACUCUGAAACUGAGUGAUUAUAACAACUAGUUCGGUUUUUAUUAACAUAUUAUAUGUUAUUACCAUAUAACAGCUAUUAUUACUUACUUACUUAACAGUGAUUAUGCUUUAUUUUAAAUGAAAUCAAAAGAAUUUUUUUUUCUAAAGGUUAACAUGUAAGGAAAACCGACUUAAUUUUUCAAAUUACCAUAAUGUAUUCACUUAGGAAGUAAAGUUUAGACGAAUUUUGACUAUUAAGACUAUUUUUCUGAACACUUAGCAACAAUGAUAUGCCAUAUUUCAUUUUUAAAUAAUCAUGUGCAAAAACUCGGUGUUUUUUUAAUGGGUACCCGUUACAAAAAAACCGAUUACUUUCUUAAAAUUAGAGUAAUAUAGACACUUCAGAUGUAAAGUUUCAAUAAAUUCUGACGACUCCUUCCGGUUUUCGUAAACACCACAAUCAGCAAUGAUUAUGCCUCAUUUGUCUUUCAUAUAGUAAUGUAAAAAAAAAUCUUUUUUUUUUAAUGGGUACCCGGUACCGAAAAAUCGAUUUCAUUUUUGAAAUAAGCAUGGCUUAGUCCUUUUAGGUGUAAAGUUUCAACAAGUUCUGAAUACUAUUUCGGUUUUUAUAAACAUAUGUCUACGAUGAUUAUGAGUUAUUUUACCUUUUUAUAAAAUUGUAAA